GCCCUUCUUCCCUAUGAGCAUUGCUACUGCCGCCGCCGCCUCCGCCGGAUCGGCGCAGUGGCGCCGCCUGCUGUUCGAGAAGCUCCGCCGCAUCACCGAUUCGAAAAGCCUCAACCGUGGAAAGUCCGUCCACGCGCUUCUCAUUAAGAGCGGCGACUUCCCCGGAUGUGCUCUGCUUUCGACGACUCUCCUCAAUUUCUACGCCAAAUGCGACCUCUUCGCCGACGCCGGAGUUCUGUUCGAAGAAAUUCCCGGCAAACAGGACGACGCCGUUUCGUGGAACAUUCUGAUCAACGCCUACGCUCAAUUCGGCGUCCCUCGUUACUCGCUCUCCGCUCUGCGUCUCCUCAAGGAGCUUCUCCAUCACCGCUGCUCCCCCAACUCCCACACGUUCGCCGGCGUCUUUUCCGCGGCGGCGAUUUUGGAGGACGCGGUUGCGACGAGACAGGCGCAUUCUCUGGCGGGGAAACUGAUCGGAUCUUGGGAUGUGUUCGUGUACAGUUCAUUGUUGAACGUUUACUGCAAGCUGGGACUUAUGAACGAUGGCCGCAAGGUGUUCGACGAAAUGCCUGAAAGAAACUCCAUCACUUGGUCCACCAUGAUCUCCGGCUACGCUUCACAGAGGCUGGUUAAAGAAGCAUUGAUCCUUUUCAAAAACAUGUUAUCUUCAGAACAACAAGAGGCUAAUGAGUUCAUCUUCACCAGUGUUCUUAGCUCAUUUACGGCACCCGACUACGCUGAUAACGGUCGACAAGUUCAUUGCUUGGCGAUAAAGAACGGAUUGUCGAACAUCGCUUCCGUAGGCAAUGCAGUUGUCACAAUGUACGCCAAAUCCGGAAGCUUAAACGACUCGGCUCGGGUGUUCGAGCUCUCGAGCGACAAGAACGCCAUCACGUGGUCUGCGAUGAUAACGGGGUACGCGCAGGCAGGUAAUGCCGAAAAGGCGUUGAAAUUGUUCGAGGAGAUGCAUUCUAACGGGAUGAAGCCGAGCAAGUACACAAUAGUCGGGGUGCUUAACGCUUGCAGCAACGCCGAAGAAAUCGUAGUUGGAAAACAGGUGCACGCAUUCUUGAUCAAACUGGGAUUCGAAUCCCAGAUGUAUAUUUUGACAGCGAUGGUCGACAUGUACGCCAAAUGUGGAUUAAUCGUCGAUGCUCAAAAGGGGUUUGACUAUCUCUACAAGGCGGAUCUCGUACUGUGGACAUCCAUGAUCGGCGGAUACGUGCGCAACGGCGACAAUGAGAAAGCGAUAACUCUAUACUGCAGAAUGCAGAUCGAAGAGAUCGCUCCGAACGAAUUAACCAUGGCGAGUUUGUUAAAAGCAUGCUCGUGUCUUUCCGCGUUGGAGCUCGGGAGACAAAUGCACGGCCAUGUCGUAAAAAACGGGUUUAACCUCGAAGUUCCGGUAGGAAGCGCGCUGCUAACGAUGUACGCGAAGUGUGGCAGCCUUGACGACGGGAACACGAUUUUUAAGAAGAUGCCGGCUAGAGAUGUGGUGUCGUGGAACGCGAUGAUAUCCGGGCUAGCUCAAAACAGUCGCGGAAUCGAAGCACUUAAUCUUUUCGAAGACAUGGUGCACGAGGGCGUGCAGCCCGAUUCCGUUACCUUCGUAAACGUUCUCUCGGCUUGUAGCCACAUGGGACUUGUGGGUCGAGGUCGGGAGUAUUUCGAACUGAUGCCCGUCAAGUAUGGUAUAGCUCCGAGGCUGGAGCAUUACGCUUGUAUGGUCGAUCUGCUCAGCCGGGCUGGGAAGCUCGACGAGGCGAAAAGAUUUAUUGAAUCGGCGAGCGUCGAUCAUGGUCUGUGUUUGUGGCGGAUUUUUUUGAGUGCUUGUAGGAACCAUGGGAACUUUGAAUUGGGUGCUUAUGCAGGAGAGAAGCUUGUGGAACUGGAGUCGCGGGAAUCGUCUGCGUAUGUUCUUCUUUCGAGCAUUUACACGGCGUUGGGGAGACUAGACGACGUCGAGAGAGUUAGGAGGAUGAUGAGUAUGAGGGGGGUAAGUAAAGAGCCAGGGUGUAGCUGGAUUGAGCUGAAUAAUCAGGUUCAUGUGUUUGUUGUAGGGGAUUUGUUGCACCCAGAGAUCGGGAUCAUUCGCGAAGAGUUGUCGAUGUUGAACGGGCAAAUGAAGGAGGAGGAAGAGGAGGUUUUCGAUCUGGAAUGUGAAUGAUAACGAAGUUUUUUUUACAUAUAUAACGUGAAAAUCUGCAACAGCUAAUGGACCCUGAGUGAAUGAAAGUUUUGAAUAUU